AUGUGUGCUUCUUUUGGUGUACUAUGUAACUUCGGAUUUAAUGUCCCAGACCUACAAGCAGUGACAUCCGACACUGGAAAGUCUCUCGUCCGAUACAAACCUGCACUUAGACAUUCGAUACCAAACCCUGUCUGGACAUCCGAUGAGUUCACAAAGUAUCAGCUAAACUCCAAGUGCCAGGACUUUGCGACUCGAUACUACGAGCGGAGUCUUCUUACACCUGAUGAUCCCAACAUGUUGAAGGUAAACCAAGAUCUCUUCAAGCUGGCCUUUACUUACCCUUGUUUGAUGCAUGCCUCUCUAGCCGUGGCUCUUACCUAUGAUCGCUUCCUAAACACAAACUCAUACUCCCGGCGUAGUCUAGAAGAGUGUUACCACUGGUCCCAAAGCACAGCCCUCUUCAACGAGAAACUGAGACAACCACUCAAGAAAAGAGACAAAGACCCUAUCUGGGGCACCGCGGCCGCCUUGGCUGUUCUCACAUUCUCAUCUCCCGAUGCAUACAGGCCUGAAGAUUCUUGGCCGUUGAAUCCAUCUACAAGAAAUGACUUGGAAUGGAUACAGAUGAUCAAUGGAAAGAUGUCGCUAUGGCAACUGGUAGAGCCGCACCGAAAGGACAGUGUCUUUCACGUCAUGGCGGCAACGUUCGAUCAGAUGCAAUCACCCUUGCCAGAAGUCGGGAUCCACGGUAUACCAGAGCUGUUAGCUGAGGUUUGUCUUUUGCAUGAUCAAUCGACGGCGGAUGACAACCCGUACUUCAUCGCCGCGCAUGCUGUGUCUCGUGUGCUCAAUCUACCGGACAGUGAAGUCACCACGGGUCACACGCAGCUAUUCACACAUAGUCUUGAUGGGGUGUUCAAAACAUUACUUCUUGAGAAAGACCCUGUCGCUUUGCUGCUGCUGUAUUUGUGGUACCGCAAGGCGGGACGGAGCAUUUGGUGGAUUGAGUUGAGAGCCAGAGUGGAGUGUCCGGCCAUUCGGAUGUAUGUACAGCUGUAUCACGGAGACGAUGUGGUGGUUAAUGCGCUACUUCAGAAUGAGGAGUUGGUCAUGGUAUGA